AUGAUUGAAGGAGUAAGAAAAUUCAAUGAGCAACAGCAGAAACUGAAGAUGGAGUUCUACUCUUGCGACAAGAUGAAAAAAGUUCAGUUCCUUAGCAACUUUGAUCUUUAUGUGUCGAAAUCUGCAAGUUGGAGGGACACUUUAAUGUGCCUCAUGGCUCCCAAUCCACCAAAGCCUGAAGAAUAUCCAGCAGCCUGCAGCAGAGGGCAAUCCCAUAUCAACAAAGAGAUGAGGGAGGUUGGAAACCCUUCUUCUGACAAUAUCUCCAACUUAUGGCACUUACGGAUUGAAAGGCUUCGCAAGGAGGUGAGUUGUCUAAGCCCAUUUUUAUUCAGACCUCUAAGUUAAAAU